CUUUCUCUUUUGUUUCUUGAAACUCGGGAGCAGUGGCGGUUCUCUUUGGAUGCCCACAAUGGCACUGACAACCAACCAACCACUGCGUUUCCGAUACGCAUAAAUUUUUCAAAUUUUUUCGAAUUUUUUAUUGUAAAAUGUGCUACCGGGAACACCUACACUACUACUGACCGACAACAACUACAAAAUCCAGCGUCUGCGUCCGCCAUGUCUCGGGCAAAGAUCUUUCCAAAUCUCUCUGCUUCCUUUCCUUUCUCAUUUUUAAUGAAACUCGCGGGCAAAGCAUUUUGAAAUUCUAAAAAAGAGUUUAGAAACACUUUCUGAUCCUUUUAUAUCCAUAACCCUAUAAAAUAAGCGAAGGAACUGUAUAUUGGAUUGUUGGGCCUAAUUUAUACAGAUCCAUGAUUAUUGAUUCAAUUCACACACGCACGGACGCACGUCGCGCACCUAUAAAUCAAUAAUCUCAGCAACACUUGGCAAUCCAAUCUGUGUAAAAUCUGAUCCGAGGUUUUCUGCGGGGAAAAAGGUUGGUUUUAUUUGCAUUCCAUUUGUUUCAUUGCAGUUUUUGGGCUAAAAAGAAUGAACCUAGCAGAGGAUAGACUAAGCAGCUUGCCAGAUGAUCUUAUCCAUAAAAUCCUCUCUUUUCUUGAGCUUGAACACUCUAUUAGAGUGAGUGUUUUGUCAUCUAGAUGGAAGUCUAUCUGGAAAUCAAUGCCCUAUCUCAAUUUAAUAAAUUUCGUCAAGAUUAAUAGUCCGCCUGACUUCUCCAAAUUUGUUAAUAAUGUUCUGUCUCAUCGCAAUUAUCAAAUUCACUUGUCUUCAGUCUUUUUGUAUUCCGAUGGAAGAGUUAGCCAUGAAUUUAUGAAAAGAUUUCUUGAAUAUGUGUUAACUCACAAUGUCCAACAAUUGACUGUUUCAUGGUCGCCUGAGAAUGAGGUUGCAUUCCCUCUUUCUCUCUAUACUUCUCGUUCUCUCCAGCAUCUUGAUUUGCAUAAUUUUGGGUAUAAUGGGUCUUAUUCGGGUACACCAGCUUGGGACCUUCCAGCUUUAGCAACAUUGCAUCUUUAUAAUAUCAGAGUCUCUGAUAACUGCACUGAUCUUUUCUCCAAGUGCCCCAACUUGAAGAAUCUCAACUUAAGAAAUUGCAAAAUUGGUGAAACGAAGGUUUUCAAAAUAUUUCAUCCUCAACUAUCUAAUCUCACAUUGGAAUCGACAUUCUGGGGUGUGGAGGUUAUCGAUGUGAUUGCACCUCAACUGAAGAAUCUCACUAUUACACAUGGCGAAGGGAAGCAUCUGAUUUCUGCACCUAGCCUUACCUCCUUGGUCAUAAAAGGUCAUGAUCCUUUGCAGCUAAUUGCCACACAAGGACAAGGUUUCCCUUCUUUGGAGAAGGUGGAUCUCCAUUUAUCCUUCCUAAGCUCUGAACAUGCUCCUAAAAUGAUUUCUCUGCUUCAACAGCUACACACUGUCAAACUUCUUACACUUGACUUGAACAUUCUCAAGAUUCUUUCUUCAUCCAUGGGACUAAUGUCAAAUCAACCUUCUCCUUUUGCUAACUUUAAGAUUGUAAAGUUUUUAAAGAGUGACUUUGGAAGGGUAUACUUGGAGGUGGAAGCAAAUGAGAAAGCAACUACGUCUCUGGUAGUAGAUAGUUCUGAUCAAUGUUCCAUUUUCAGAAUGGUCUCUCGUGAGGAGAUUGAAGUUAUGUCUGAUAUGGUAUUAGCAACACUACUUAUUGCAAAAAUUCGGUAUCGGUUAAAGAAGCGCAAAGCACUUACUGACACCAAACAAGGACAUGAUAUGGAACAAAUGGAUGCACCAAGGAAGAGCUGCAAGAGGAAGAUGCAUGAACAUGGCAAAGUACAAGUUAAGAAGCAGAAGGUACAAUCAGCGUUUGAAAAGCAAUGGCACUUUGGGAAAAUGAUGACACAGAUCAAGAAAGGCAAAAGUGAAGGAUUACUGAGAAAGCUUCCUACAUCAGAUACUUGUGACUUGAUUUUAUUGUUGCAGCAGAUUGAUGGAUUGGUGACUGAAUUGUCUGCAUCAAAGAGGCCUGUGCUACAAGAAACAUUUUCUAUCUUGUGUGAAGAAGCUGCAGUUGUCACGAAUAAUAUGUUGGAUUGUAUGAAGAUCCCAUGUCAUAAGAAGCCAAAACCUUCAAAUGUCUAGUUUCAUCAACAUAUAUACUCCAGCUUUGCUUCAGUAUUCUUAGCUAAUUGUUCUCAUUUAGAGGAUAUUAGAACCAUAUUUAUGAUAAAUAAUGUAUGAACUUUUUAAAUUUUAGUGGAUCUGUCAGUGACCUCUUUGUGGGGUUUCUUGAUUUUGGAUUUCUAAGUAAAUCUUGGCGUUUUUGUCUCUAAUAUUUAUUGCUUAUCGGUGACUUCCUCUGAUUAGAAACUGUUCUUUCACAUUAUCAAAUCAUUUGUUGAUUUGGAUCGAUUGAGAUGUUGUUUCCUUGAUCCAUAAACCUCUACAAGGUUGCAACUGAAUCACAAUUCAAUUUAUCUCUGCCCACUUCAACCUAUCCCUUCAAAAAAAGUCAGCAAAGAACCUCUGAAAUUGACCCAACUUGAUUGAAAUCCCCACCCCAAAUCCGAUACCAAUUUGUUGCGCAGUAAAUAAGAAUAAAUGAGUUUGAGGAAGAAAUUAACAAGAAAGAUAACAAAAUUGAUUUUCUAUUAUUUCUUCUCGUGAGAGUGUACAAAGCAAAAAACAACAAGAAAAAGCUUGAAUGAAAAGCUUCUAUAGCUAGAAGUCAAAGUCAAAACACUUUCCAACUAUUUACACAAUAGGACCCUAGACUUAUAGUUUAAGACCACCUUUACCAACAUAACAAAAUCUCUUGAAUAAAUGUAAAGCAGAGGUGAAUAGAUAUGAUCAAGGAAUCUUGACAGCUUUGGUUUCAACGUCACAUGAAACAUCAGGUAGAGACAAGACACCAACAGUUUUAUUAUCAAAGCUACAAGAAAACUUUCAACUUUUUAAUUCAAUGGAUAGAAUUAAUAUUGCAAGUUUAUACCCAAUUUGAACGUUAUCGACUCAUACUGAGAUUAAAAAGUUUAACUGGGUGCCUAUGGAACAAAAAUGGGUCAGAACUACCAUCACUAAAGCAUCAAAUUCACAAAGGAAAACUCUUGAUUUGGCCAGUUCAAGUUUUUUCAGCAGCUACUAUUUAAAAAAAAAAAGGUGAUGUCUAUAUUUCCUCCUUAGAUAGAAGUCCUCAAAGAGAUCCAACUUGUGUGGUUGAAGCUCACAUGAACAUGGGUUGCUGCGUUUUUAUUUAUUUAUUUAUUUUUUUGUGAAAGAUAACAUCAAUCUUUAUUGGUUUUAUUUCAUAGAAGAUGGUUCCCCAAGUGAUGAUCGAGAGUUUUACAGUGAAAAAAAAAAAGCUUUAGUGUAAAUCAAGAUGCAACUAGUGUUGAAACCGGAAGUUUGGCUUCUAUUUUCCGGGGUGUGAAUAAGAUGAGCUGAGUUUAAGCAACAAGAAGAGAAGGUAUAUUUUACAAUAUUGCUAUUGCUUUCAAACGAUGUUCUUUAUGAGGUUGCCGAAAACUUUGUGAACUUGUUUGUAGUUGGUUCAGAUAGAAUAACUUAACCCCGGAAGAAGUUUAGUUUGCAAUCUUAGGAUACGUUUGGUUGGAUGUAAUGGAAUAGCAAAUGAAUGGAAUAGACCAAGUAAUGGAAUGGUUAAUUACCAUUCCAUUGUCAUGUUUGUUUA